CCCAGCCAUUUUUGUUUAUUUUUAAAGAGGCAGCCUGUUUCUUUCAUGAACCAUAUUCUGUUUUUUUUCAUGCUUCAAGAGUAAUCAGUUAUGGCUUGCAGCACUGCACAAAUUAAUGGUAUAAGCAUACAUCUCAAAUGUGAUAACUUCAGAAUCCAAGAGAAUUGUCCCAAGGGCUGGGCACAGUGGUUCACACUUGGAAUCCCAGCAAUUUGGGAGGCUGAAGCAAGAGGAUCUCAAGCAGAGGAGUUCGAAGUUACGGUAAGCUAUAAUUGUGCCACUGCACUGCAGCCUGAGCUACCAAGUGAGACCCUAUCUUAAAUACAUACAUAAUUUUUAAAAAAGAAUCAUUCUACAGCAGUGCUAGCACCUCCUCCAGGAGACUGUUGCUGUCAGCCAGCCCCCUUCUCCACAGUAACCAUGUGCGACCGAAAGGCCACAAUCAAAAAUGGGGACAUGUCAGAAGAGAUGCAGCAGGACUCAGUGGAGUGUGCUACUCAGGCGCUGGAGAAAUACAACAUAGAGAAGGAUAUUGCAGUUCAUAUCAAGAAGGAAUUUGACAAGAAGUACAAUCCUACCUGGCAUUGCAUCAUGGGGAGGAACUUCGGUAGCUACGUGACACAUGAAACCAAACACUUCAUCUACUUCUACCUGGGCCAAGUGGCCAGUCUUCUGUUCAAAUCUGGUGAAAAGAAGACUGAAAAGGCCGGGCACAGUGGCUCACGCCUAUAAUCCCAGCACUCUGGGAGGCUGAGGCAGGUAGAUCACCUGAGGUCAGGAGUUCAAGACCAGCCUGGCCAACAUGGUGAAACCCCAUCUCUACUAAAAAUACAAAAAUUAGCCAGGCGUGGUGGUGCACACCUGUAAUCCCAGCUACUCGGGAGGCUGAGGCAGGAGAAUCACUUGAACCUGGGAGGUAGAGGUUUCAUUGAGCUAAGAUCAGGCCAUUUCACUUCAACCUAGGCAACAGAGUGAGACUCUGUCUCAUUAAAAAAAAAAAAAAAAAAAAGCAUGGACUCUUGUGCCACACACAGUGAUCCAUCCGAAAACAAGGACUGCAGCCUAAAUUCCAAAUACCAGAGACUGAAAUUUUUCAGCCUUGCUAAGGGAACACCUUGAUGUUUGAACCUUUGUGUUUUGUACAGGGCAUUCUCUGUACUAGUUUGUUGUGGUUAUAAAACAAUUAGCAAAAUAAAAAA